CAGGAAUCAGUGCCAUCACUGCAAGAUGACACAAGAAGACAUGACCUCCCAUAGUCCUUGCUUGCGACUGUUACAAAAGUGGAGAGGUUCCAGAAAUCUAGUGUUACUUAUUGUAGCCAUUGCUAUUCUCUUGGAUAACAUGCUACUUAGCGUUGUGGUUCCUAUUAUCCCAGACUAUCUCUAUCAGCUCCACCACCAGAAGAAUCUCGAAAAGCUGAAUUUUACAUCUACAGUGGCGCCCUCAACUACGGAACAUGUUACAAUGAUAAGAGAAGAAAUAUUACUGACCGAUCUCGACCCCUCUAGUAGUGAUACGCAUGAGAAAGAAGCCAAAUUUAUAUACGAUUUCAAAUUUAAACCCCAUGUUUUUCACAUGGUACUUACAAGCACGGAGCCAACCCUACUUGAAAGCGAAGCCACGGAAACAUCAAGUAUAGAAUUUGAAGCGGAAAACGUAACAGAAAUGUCACCUGAGGAAAAACAGCUAAAACACGAGGAACUAGCGAGCGAAAGUAUGGAAGUGGGAUUCAUGUACGCCUCUAAACCAGUCAUCCAGGCUAUAACAAAUUCCUUUAUUGGACCUUUAACUAACAGGAUUGGCUACUCCAUCCCGAUGUUUGCUGGCUUUGUGAUCAUGUUUCUCUCCACUGUUAUUUUCGCUAUCGGCACGAACUACCCAACAUUGUUUGUCGCCAGGGCGUUGCAAGGAGUUGGUUCUGCUUGCACCAGUGUUGCCGGAAUGGGAAUGUUGGCCGACAGGUAUCCAGAUGAUCAGGAGCGAGGAAAGGCUAUGGCCAUAGCUCUUGGCGGUUUAGCGCUUGGAGUGUUGAUUGGACCACCGUUCGGCGGUGUUAUGUACGAGUUCUUAGGGAAGUCUGCUCCGUUUCUUGUGUUGGCAGCGCUAGCUUUGUUGGACGGAGUUCUCCAGCUGUUUGUUCUCCAACCACGGAUCACCAAAGAGGAACAAGAAGGAGCACCACUACUGACGUUGCUAAAGGACCCUUAUAUCUUAACCUCAGCAGGUGCAAUAGCCUUUGCUAACAUGGGUAUAACAGCAUUGGAGGCCACUUUACCAAUAUGGAUGAUAGAUACCAUGGACUCCCCCAAGUGGCAACAAGGAGCAGCUUUUCUUCCUGCUAGUAUCUCUUAUUUGAUCGGCACCAACAUUUUUGGACCUCUGGGACACAAAAUGGGACGAUGGUUGGCCUCGCUUCUGGGUUUAAUCAUCAUCGGAAUUUCCUUGAUAUGUAUUCCAUACUCGAAAAAUUUUUUUCACCUAAUAGGCCCUAAUGCAGGGAUUGGGUUCGCUAUUGGCAUGGUAGACUCGUCCAUGAUGCCCAUGUUAGGUUACUUGGUAGACAUUCGACACACGUCGGUUUACGGCAGCGUUUAUGCCAUUGGAGAUGUCGCCUUUUGUGUGGGCUACGCUUUAGGUCCUGCUUUUGGUGGUGGAGUAAUGCAAGCUAUAGGAUUUAGAGGGUUAAUGUGUGUUAUUUCUGUCGUAUGUUUCCUCUACUGCCCUCUGAUGAUAGUAUUGAGAAAACCACCAGCGAGGGAGGAAAACCAGUCUUUACUGAGAGAUACGUCCGUUCGUUACGUCAGCUACACCAACGACGAAUCACCAGACGAAGAUGAAAUUAGGAAGCCUCCUUCUCAAGAGCUGGUCCAAUGAAAUGUUGCUAUUUGAAGUUGUUUUCAUGUCGUCUUUCAGGUGCUUUGCUGUGAACAUUCUGUUGGUUCACCUCGAAUAAAAUAUAUUUAUUUCGUGUUGUUUUAAAAAUACUGUAAGGAAAAGUAUACUUUAUGUAAAUCAAGUGUUCCGAUUGUUUGUGGCAGCUCGAUGGUUGUCAACCUUCUUCUGAUAAGACGGAAAUAGCUAACAGUGGCUAUACUUGUGUUUAUCUUAUAUAUAACAUGUUAACGAUAUUCAUGUGUUGAAUAUUUCGCACAUAUAUAAUUUAUUUAAAAAUCUAUGUGUGUAAGCAGGUACUACUGAUAUUUUAGAGAAAAAAUGGUAAAACUGCAGUUAAUACCGGGCUGAGUAGUUUUGUGUAUUAUCCAUUCUGAAACUUCUUU